AUGUUAUUACAAGCGUGUGGGAAUGACAGUCAAUCGACUGAAAAGCCAGAAAUUAAACCGGCACCUAAACUGAGCAAUGAUGCGACGACUUAUGCCAAGGCUGCCUGGCAGCUGAUCAAUGAAGUGGACCCACUGGUUUAUCAUAAAGAAGUGGAUCAGCUGGAAAGUCAGGUACGUCAACCGGUACGUAAACUGAGUACAGAGUGGCGCAUUAAUGUCAAAAUGACAGAUUCGGUGACUGAAGGGAAAUAUGCCCUGUGCCGUAAAGCCUUGACCAGUCUGGAUAUCUGGGCGCGCACUAUCAUCGAAAAUGGUAAUGGCCUGUCACAAAAGCAGGCAGAUUAUGAGCGGGAUAAAUUGCAAUGCCAGAAUGCGAUUGCCAAUCCUGCACUGGGAAAUACUGAUCCUAAACAGAAGGGUACAGCGAUUGCCAAUAUGCAAUAA